AUGGGGAAGGCGCGGAUGGCUGCUAUAGACCUGAGGUCUAUAGCACAGUCCCUGAACCAGCAGUGCCAGCAUCUAAGGGUGGCCAAUGUGUACGAUAUUUCGUCUAGAAUGUACGUAUUGAAACUUUCUCACAAUAAUGAGUCGGAGAAGAAGUACUUGAUGUUACAAUCGGGUGUUCGAGCGCAUUUAUCGAAUUGGAAACGAAGCAAACAGGCUGUUCCAUCCGUGUUUACCAUGAAGUUACGCAAGUACAUUCGUACGAAACGGGUUGCAAAGGUCCAGCAGUUGGGAACGGACCGUGUUCUGGACUUACAAUUCGGCUUUGAGGAGAAUGCUAUUCACCUAAUUGUCGAGUUCUAUUCAAGAGGAAACGUCAUCCUUACUGACCACGAGUACAUCGUUAUUGCUGCGUGGCGGCAAUUCAGGGACAAUGAGAACGAAUUUGCAGUAAAGAUGAAGGAAACCUACCCCAUCGCGCUGUACAUGAAAAAUGACCUCUUUCAAAGGUGGGCCCUCGUUCCUCGCGCAGGCACGGAAUACCAGCCUCACCAUUGUGCUGAGAUGCCCUGUAAGCUCUGCCUUAAAGUCAAGGAAUGCUCACAACACACACAGAGGGACUGGUCGGGUAAGGUGGAUAAGAAGGGAAAGCCCCUUCCGCUCAAACUCAGUGACUUGGUUGCCGGGGCUGUUCCGUCGUGCCACAGGCAAAUGAUCCUGGAAGCUUUGGAUGACGCUCAAGCCGCCGACGAACCAGUUCUUUUACCGCAAGUAGUCCGUCCGUCGUCAGAGGGUGGUCCGCAUGUGUCAGCACCCAGAUUGAAACCCGAGUCAGAAGGGCCGGAAACAGCUGAGGUGGAGAUUCCGGAAUUGGACGAAUCGGUUGUGGCUAGAGUGACCGGUGUGGUGUCACAUUUGGUUAACAUUUGGCGUCGUGUCGACGAGGGUCCUUACACGGGUUACCUGUACAGCCGAGUCCGUGAUGACGCGGCGCGCGAUGGUGUGGAUAAAGCAGAGCGUGUGAAGGGGGGUAGUGCUGUGGAUGCAAUGAAGGAUAGCGGUGAGUUGUUAAACUUUUCACCGUAUCCCUUGAAGACAGGUUUGAUGAAGGAGGCGUCGGUGGUGGAGCAGAUUUUUCAGUCGUUUCAUGAGGCGGCGGACGUGUACUUUACAACAGCGGAGGUGCAGAAGGCGAGCAAGUCAGCGGACGAAAAAAUGAAUGAGUUGAUUUCCAAGGUAGAGAAGAUCCGUCGCGACCAGUACACGCGUGUAGAGCAGUUGGAACUGGCUGCACGUGCGGCGGAGAAGCAGGCCAACGCAGUGGAAUUCCAUCUCGAUUUUGUCGAUCAGGCCGUGGAGAUGUUACGACGACUGGCAGACUCUGGGUCAAGCUGGUCCGAGCUAACGGAGGCGAUUAAACAGCAGGCCCGACAGAACCAUCCUAUCGCGUCCUUCAUAAUGAACUCGGACUUUGCUAAGCACAAAAUCCAACUGAUGCUCCCUAGCAGCGUAUGGGGCAAGGAUUUCGACCAGGCAGAGGUGGACAUUGUGGGCCAACCUGGAGCCAAGGCGAACAAGGAGGGUGGACAUGACGGGUCGGAGGAGCAUGGAGAGGGCAAGUCGGAAGCCGGGUCGGAGGAGCAUGGAGAGGGCAAGUCGGAAGACAAGUCGGAAGACGGGUCGGAAGACGGGUCGGAGGACGGCGGAGAGGGAAAGUCGGAAGACGGGCUGGAGGCUGAGGAUGAGUCACAGUUGAUUCCUGUCUGGCUGGACUUUCGGGAGACGGCUUACGGGAACGUUAAGUUACUGCACGAGAACAAAAAGGCUGCGUGGUUGAAGUACGAGAAGACCAAGACUGCGGCGGAUGUUGUGAUCCGGCAGGCGGAGGUUGCGCGUGCGCGGGAGACGGUGCAGCGCGACUUGACCGCUACGGCGGAGCGUCAAAUAUGCUCCGUGCGAAAGAUCUACUGGUUCGAGAGGUUUUUUUGGUUCCUGUCUUCGGAUGGUUAUCUGGUGAUUGCCGGUCAUGAUGCGACCCAGAACGACAUUUUGUACAAGAAGUACUUGACAAAAAAUGACCUGUACGUACAUGCCGACGUUCAUGGCGCUGCCACUUGCAUCAUCCGCAACCACGACGCGUCCGCGACCACAACUGAUGCUAACAAACCCGGCAGACCCUCCGUGCCGGAAACCACAAUACAGGAAGCCGGCAUCAUGUCUGUCUGCCGGUCCAACGCCUGGAAGAACAAAGUCAUCACCACCGCCUACUGGGUCUACGCGGAUCAGGUCAGUAAAACCCCGCAAGCAGGCGAGUAUGUCUCCACCGGAGGCUUCAUUAUCAGAGGCAAACGUAACCCCAUCCAAGUUCGGAAACUCGAACUCGGAAUAACGGUCCUAUUCUGUCUCGGAGAUGAAGAAAGCAAACGAAGACACCACCCGACAUUGCCGCAAGUCGAAAGCGGGGAAGACUACCCCAAUGGGGAAGACCCCAAUGGGGAAGACCCUAGUGGGGAAGACCACCCUAAUGGGGAAGGCCACCCUGAGGAGGAAGAGCACAGUAGCGGGGCGGAGCAGGGUACGACUUCACGUCGUGACUCUCUGCGGUCGAAUUCAUCUCGUGUGCAGUUUGGGUCGUACGAGGUGGCGCCGACGCCAGUGAUCGAGCCGGCAGUGGCUUUCGAUCCGGAGCAGACGGAGGUGAUUCCGAUACGGUCGGACCGGUCGGUGCAUUCGCCGCUGACUUCGUCGGAGACUGCUUCGCCGCCUCCUGAGUUGGCGCAGAUCGAUAAGUACCACGCAGGCAACAUCUGUGACGAGUACCACAAUCCGAAGCAGCUACGUCGACCAGACUCGGCAGACGAGCUACCUCCGCCUCUCGAGUAUGCCGGACGUGCCGCCCCCGGACCCCUCCUUCGGAAGGAAACGCCUGAAACGAAGGCACUUGACGCACUCUGGGAGUCGCCUCUGACGCCACCACCCGUCCUCGUUGGGGGUCAAGAUGACCAGGGGGUUCAAGACGGCACAGGGGGUCGGAGAAGUCAAGAGGGGGAUCCAGAUCACAGACCACGACCCCACGACUCAUCUAAAGAAUCUCUCAGUCGCAGUUUAAGCGGCGUUGACGAAGGACCCGCACCCCGGCGCUUCCUGCCUCAGGAGCUGCCCAGCACGCGAGCGCUUUUAAAGCGGACAAGCAUCGGCAGUAGACGCUCCAGCAACGCCGACCUCCCCUCGCCGAUUCCAGAGGAAGAAAGUCCCGAACUGCAUCCCGACCUUCUUGCCUCACCCUUGGAUGACUCCCAGAGUGGUGAGGGGAGGAGCAGUGGGAGUGGGACCAAGUCUGGUCCGAGUAAGUCUGGUACGACCAAGUCUGGUGCGGCCAAGUCUGGUGCGGCCAAGUCUGGUGCGACCAAGUCUGGUGCGACCAAGUCUGGUGCGACCAAGUCUGGUGCGGAGGAGGAUUCGAGGUGUGACGGGGGAAAGAGUAAGGGUGGCAUUGAAGGUGCUGGGAAGAAGCAGAUGGCGUUGUCCCGGGCGAAGGCGAAGAAGUUGAAGAAGAUGAAGGAGAAGUACGGUGACCAAAGUGACGACGAGCGCGAGUUGGCGAUGAAGUUGUACGGGUCUAAGGCGUUACAAUUGGGCGCGAAGGCGGCUGACGAGGCGUCGGCGGCGGUGGUAAGCAGGGAGACCAAGCCGGAGACCAAGCCGGACCGGAGCGCUGCGGAACGUCGUUUCGGAGGUGAAGAAGACGCGGAGAUCGACAAGGAGUGGACGACCCGAUUGGCGGUGUUAGACGAAUUGACAGGCAAGCCGCAUGAGAAGGAUACACUCCUCUUUGCACUGCCCAUGGUCGCACCGCUACCCGCCCUCAAGAACUGUAGAUAUAAAGGCAAACUGCUUCCCGGCGGAGGCAAAAAGGGACAGGCAGUCAGCCUCAUACAUCGCGCAUUCAUCGAAAUGACGCCCAAAGAUUCGACUUUACGGCAUCUCGUUAAAGCUAUCAAUUCUGAUGAACUCAGCGCAAUCGUGCCGGCAAAUCCUGUUGUACAAAUGGAGGGCGCCGAGAAACUUAUGAAGGACGACCGCAAGCAAAAGAAGGCUUUGAAGAAGCUGAAAAUAUAA